AUGUUUUCUCUUAAUACCUCAGAAAUUGAAAUCUCCACCUUCCUAUUGGUUGGGAUCCCAGGGUUUGAGAGUGUACACAUUUGGAUCUCCAUCCCCAUCUGCUUUAUGUACCUCCUGGCCAUCCUGGGCAACUGCACCACCCUGUUUGUCAUCAGGACAGAGUCUUUCCUGCAUGAGCCUAUGUACUAUUUCCUCUCCAUGCUGGCCCUAUCUGACCUGGGCUUGUCUUUCUCUUCUCUUCCCUCUAUGCUGAGGAUCUUCUUGUUCAAUGCCAUGGAGAUUUCUGCUGAUGCAUGUAUUGCCCAGGAAUUUUUCAUCCAUGGAUUCACAGGCAUGGAAUCCUCAAUGCUCUUGAUCAUGUCCUUUGAUUGCUUUCCAGCCAUUUGCAACCCUCUGAGGUAUAAUUCCAUUCUUACCAGCUCCAGAAUUUGGCAUCGUGGGCUGAUAUUUGAUAUUAAAAGCAUUCUACUAGUUCUUCCUCUUCCUUUCACUUUAAAUAGACUCAGAUACUGUAAUAAACACCUGCUCUCACACUCCUACUGUCUCCACCAGGAUGUCAUGAAACUGGCCUGCUCUGAUAAUAGGGUUAACUUUUACUAUGGUCUGUUUGUUGCACUCUGCAUGAUGUCAGACAGUGUUUUCAUUGCUGUUUCCUAUGUGUUCAACCUGAAGACUGUAUUGGGUAUUGCAUCCCAUGGGGAGCAACUUAAAGCUCUUAAUACCUGCGUGUCCCACAUCUGUGCUGUGCUCAUCUUCUUUGUGCCCAUCACCACCUUGGCUACCAUACAUCACUUUUCCAAGCAUAAAUCCCCUUUGGCUAUGAUUCUGAUAGCUGAUGCAUUCUUGUUGGUACCACCUUUGAUGAAUCCCAUUGUGUAUUGUGUAAAAAGUUGGCAGAUUAGAGUAAAAAUCCUGGAAAAACUGAGUCUAAAGUCUAAAUGA